GACAGCGAUUCGCCACAGACAGAACCGCUAAAGCUGGGCGGAGAAAAAAACUCGCGAGCACACUUCCACUCUGUUUCUACCACUUCGAACCACUCCGGCGAGAUAGAGUUGCAUAUGUUAGUGCAAUAUGAGUAGAAGAUGUGCCAAAACCUAAACGGAAUUAACCAUAAAACAUCAUUAGGCCUACAGCGUGUUAUGUUAUUGUAGCCUAAUUUGCCGUUUCCAUCUCUAUGCGCUGUUAAAUCCGGUUUAAUAGGGAUUGCUGUAGUUUAUUUGUUUGCAGUUGUGAGAUAAAAGCUCGACUUCUUCUGCCUUUUCUGAUAGGGGUUUCAUUUCUGUUUUUCUGUAGUUGUCAAAGCGGAAUGAAUGACAAAGACAAAGGCGGAUGUUAAUUCGCCAACUCACUUUGUCUCGCCGAAGGAAAGGAGACACAGGCACAAAAUGGAAAGCGGGACGGAGAGCGCCGACAGCGGGCAGGCGAAGCCUCAACAACAGCACCAGUUCGAGCAACAGCCCGUAGUGCAGCCCAUUCAAGUCAACGCAAAGAAAAAAAAUAAUCGGGCUCCAUCACCCGCCAGACCCAAGGAUGUGCCUGGAUGGUCCCUCACCAAGAUCCGUGGAGGAAUCGGUACACCAACACUGAGCGUUAAACCAGGAUCCAUACAUUUAGGCAGCCGGGUGUCCAGGCGUAGUCCGGUUAGCGGGAAAGAGACGAAAUCUGAGAAAGGAAAACUGACGGGAAAAUCCACGGUAUCGGUAGCCAGUGCCCAGAAGAGCAGCAGUAAAUCGAUGAAAGGUGUUCGGAGGAAGGUGUCCGAUGCGAGCAACGCCUCCGACGACCAGAGCAAAGACUCCGGUUGCGCUGCGGGCAAACGUUCGUCAACGGAUAGCAGUUCCGAGCUCUCCGAUUGUGCCUCGGAGGAGAAUAAACUAUCCACGGACGCUCUGAGUAGUGACACCGAAUCCAACAACCGAGGCGAGGGUCUUGAUGGCGAUAAACCAAGCAGUAACUGCGGACAUGGGCCACCGGAUAGGGGUAGUCGUGGUGACCAUCACGCCAAGACCCCAGUGGAUAAGGACCGAAUCUCCCUGGGAGUGGAGACCGUAGGGGGGAGCAUUUCUCCCGGGGAUGAACGGUCUCUCACCUCGUUCGACAGCCGGGUGCCUGCCAGCACAUCCCUAGCUUUCUCCGACCUGACGGAAGAGUUCAUGGAUGGCAUGCAUGAAGAAUUUGUCAGAGAAAUUGAGGAACUGAGAUCAGAGAACGAUUACCUAAAAGAUGAGAUGGAGGAGCUGCGCUCUGAGAUGUUGGAGAUGAGGGAUAUGUACAUGGAGGAGGAUGUGUACCAGCUGCAGGAGCUGAGGCAACAGUUUGAGCAGGCCAACAAGACCUGCCGCAUCCUGCAGUACCGCCUCCGCAAGGCCGAGAGACGCAGCCUCCGCGUGGCCCAGACGGGACAGGUAGACGGGGAGCUCAUCCGGACCCUGGAGCAGGACGUCAAGGUGGCUAAAGACGUGUCCAUCCGGCUGCACAACGAGUUGGACUCUGUGGAGAAGAAGAGGGGUCGUCUGGAGCAGGAGAACGAGGAGCUGAGGGUCAGGCUCCAGGACCUAGAGGUGGCCAAGCAGGUCCUGCAGGCUGAGAUGGAGAAGCAACGAGAGAACUCUCUGAAGAAGAGAGGUGCUCGGCCAAACAAUAAGCCAGAGAAGAAGCCAUCUGUCCAGCAGGAGGACAACUCUGACCUCAAGUGCCAGCUCCAUUUUGCCAAGGAGGAGUCCGUUCUCAUGUGCAAGAAGCUGACCAAGAUGGCUAAGGACAGCGAGGCAAUGCGGGAGGAGCUGGCCAAGUACCGCUCGGUCUACGGCGAUGUGGACGCCUCACUCACCGUGGAGGAGGUCAACGACUCACCCCACACCCGCGAGGCCGAGGUUAGAGUUCACCUGAAGCUGGUGGAGGAGGAAGCCAACCUGCUGAGCCGGCGUAUCGUGGAACUAGAGGUGGAGAACCGUGGCCUACGGGCCGAGAUGGACGACAUGAAGGGCCAGGAGCUGCCUCCAGGGCUGGGGCUGGGAGGCAUGGGAGGCCCUGGAGGAGGUGGUCUGGAUAACGUGAUGGAGCUCCAGAGGCACCUGCAGUUUGUGGAGGAGGAAGCGGAGCUGCUGCGGCGCUCGCUGUUGGAGAUGGAGGAGCAGAACAAGCUGCUGAUGAAUGAGAUCAACCGCUACAAGUCGGAGCUGCCGCUGACGUUGGACCCAAACCAGGAUGACUCCUCGUCCAUCUCUCUCCUGGAGGAUGGUCAUGGUGGGGGAGCUCUCAUCAGCACCGAGGCCCCCCAGGAGGAGCUGCUGCAGGCCGCCAGGCUCCAGAUCGGGGAGCUGAGCGGCAAAGUGAAGAAGCUCCAGUACGAGAACCGUGUGUUGCUGUCCAACCUGCAGCGCUGCGACCUGGCCUCCUACCACAGCUCUUCUAGGCCCACCCUGGAGACCGACGCUGAGGCAGGGGACUCGGCCGAGUGCCUCCCCAGCCAAGCGUGCCGGGAAGGCCCCAUCGGAGGGGAGAACAAGCCCCUGGAGGAGAAGGAGAAGAAGACGUCAACGGGGGUUCCCAUUCACCUGCACGGUAACGUCCCCCUGGGGCUGAAUGACCAUGAGGCCCUGCUGGCCAUGAGGGACCAGGCCCGCCUCAUCUCUACAGCCAUCCAGCUGCUGACCGCUUCUGAUUCCAACUGCCCCUCCCUCUCCCUCUACCGCAAGAUCUCCUCCAACUCCUCCGGGGAGACUGCAGAGCCCUGUGUCCCAGAGAAGAGCCAGCAGUCCCAACCCUCGGAGCUCCAGGACCUGCCCCUGGUGGAGGCUCUGACGGGCAGGCUGCGAGCACUGCACACCCAGCUCCAGGCCUUCGUGAAGCGAGUGGAGAGCCUUGGCAGCGCCCCUCCUGGGAGGGAGCAGGUGGAAGUGGCAUCCCCCCUGCCUCUACUGUCCGAAGCUGGAGACUCCGUGGUGGAUACGCCCUCUGCCUCACACCCCUGCCCUCCAGACGACCAGGCGGGUGAGAUCACUGCAGGGCAGAAGCAGCCCGACUUUAGGGACCAAUCAGAGCGCGAAGUGAAAGGUCAGGAGGAGGAGGAGGGUGACAGCCACAUUGACAACAACAAGAACCAGGUUAAACAGGAGACGGACACAGCCCUGCAGAUCAGUGAGCUGCAGGCCCUUCUGUUGGAGGCGAGGGACAAUGCUUGCAGGACGCAGGAGGAACUGACUGUGGAGAGGCAGGAGGAACUGACUGUGGAGAGACGGGAUCACAGAGGCCCCACCCACAGCAGCUCACAGACAUUCACACAGCUGCAGGAGGAGCACCAGAAGGCCCUGACGAGAAGGGACUUCCAGCUACAGAGUCUGAGUCUGCAGACGCGGCUGCAGCAGAAGUUCUGGAGCCAAGAGAGGAACCUGAUGUUGCAGGAGUCCCAGCAGCUCAAGCAGACCCUGCUGCUGCUCAGCCUCAAGCUGCGUUGCUUCCUCAAACAGUGGCGGCUGGGACGCAAGCUGGACACGGAGGCCAAGGAUGUCCUGGAGGUGAACAGCCUGAAGGACCUGUACCUGCUGUUGGAGGAGGAGAGUCUGGCCGCCCACCCCCAACAGGGAGACAACAAGAUUACCUCCGCAGAGGAGCAGCACCUCUGCCCCACCAUCUCCAAGGAGCUCUGUGUGCUGGAGAAGAGCUACACACAGACGAGCGGCGUGAGCAGCACACUGGCGGACCUGAAGGGAGCGCUCCAGGAUCUGAGCGGAGAGCUGCGAGAGGAGCGCCAGGGCUCACAGGAACUGACCCAGCAGUUUGCCCGCGCUAAGGCCUCCUGGGAGGUGGAGAGGACAGAGCUCAAGAGCCUCAUUACCCAGCUGGAGAGCAAGGCGGGCUUGGCUGCCCUGGCCGGGGGGGAGAAGGACCUCCAAGGACCUCCCGAACUGAAGGUGGCACUGAAGAGGGAGCGUGAGGAGCACCAGCACCUCCUGGCCGACUCAUAUGCAGCCGUCAUGGACCUGACCAAGCAGCUACAGAUGGGCGAGAGGAACUGGAACCGCGAGAAGCUGGAGCUCCUAGAGCAUUUCAGUCAGGAGAGGGGCCAGUGGGAGCAGAGGCUACAGUGCAAGAUGUCUCUGCACUACAAAACCACCCCUGAAACAAAAACUGCACUGGACGUUGUUACAAAUGGAACCAAUUUAUCAAGGACUAAGUCCUUCCCGUCCAUGUUGGAGGGUCUGCUGGAGGCCUGUCCUUUCCUUCCGGGUCAGGAGGUCAAUGGUACAGCCAAUGAGGAGGGAGAGAAGGACCAGCCCAGUACCCAGGCCCCUCCCCUUCUAACCCACACAGACCCGGGUGACCUCACCAGGAAGAACUGGAAGUACCUGACCAAUGAGAUGGCUCUGAUGGAGCAGGGUGAUGCCCCCUUCAAGACGUGGGACUGUCCCAGCUCCCCCAGCAGUUACCUGGACCUGGAGAGCAUCCAGAGGAGCUACACGGCCCCAGACAAGACCGGCAUCCGCAUCUACUACAGCCCCCCUACCAUGCGCCGUAUGGAGAGCCGGCUGGCCAAGGAGAAGCAGGACAAACCUCAAGCCCAGCAAGGCCACCUGUCUCGGGCUUCAACUCCCUCAGACGCUGUGGCCCUGGAGGGCCAACCUCCCUCCUCCUCCUCCUCUGCCUCCUCUUCGUCCUAUGACCAGUGGUUGAGCUCUCUGUCCAAGCAGCACAGGGACCUUCUGGAGAACAGCAGCGGUGGCGCGGGGGUGGCGCCCUUCCAUGGCCUGGAGAUCUCUGCCAACCUCUCGGACGACAUGAAGGAGAUGACCAACUGCGUGCGCCAGGCCAUCCGCUCCAGCUCUCUGGAGAGGAAUUGCAGCAAGGAUGCGAGCAGCCAGACGGUGGGGGUGUCUAGCCGCUCCACCCAGACGGUCCAAUUUGUGAGCGUGGGGCUGCAGACGGACGGGCUCGGGUCUCGGGGGGUGGGGGGCUUCCACACCAAAUCCUCCUGGUCCCCCCGGCCCUCGUCGUCGCUGGCCUCGGCCCGCUCGCGCCACAUCUCCUCAUCACUGGAUAAGGUGCACAGCCGCAUCGACAGGCCCUGCUGCUCACCCAAGUUUGGCUCCCCCAAGCUACAGCGACGCAUUUCCGCCUCCUCCUCCAAGCUGGACGGAGGAGGAUUGUCCUCGGCUUCAUCCAGAGACCGCAGCCUGUGGAACCUCCACCAACGGUCCUCGACCUCCAGCGGCUCGGCCUGGGCCCGUUCCACCACCACCAGGGACAGCCCCGUGCUCAGCGGCCUCAACGAUGGCCUGUCCAGCCUAUUCAGCGUGGUGGAACACUCCGGCAGCGUAGAGUCCCUGUGGAAGAGUGAGCCAGGGGCCAGCCCAGCCCGCCAGGCAGCAGGGAAGCCCUCUGGCCCUGGACCAGACACCGGAGCCCAGAAAUAUGGCCCCUUCCAGGAGUUUUUCAGGAAUGUGUGCGGCCGGACCGGAACGACCAUGCCCGGGGGAGGGGAGAGGGGGCAGAGGGAGGUGGGGGCCAUGGAUGAGCCCAAGCCUGAGUGCCUUUCCGGGGUUUCGCUGGUGGGGAACGACAGCGUCACCAAGAUCGUCAACAAGAGGUUCAUGAGACAGAUGCCCAGGGAGGAGUUGGGGGCCCCUGCUAACGAUCUCACUGCCAGGGACCUGACCUUGAGCUCCAGCAUGGAGGAUGCAGCGUGUGAUUGCAACUCCCAGUCUCUUACAUCCUGCUUCGCCCGGCCCUCCCGCUCAGCCACACGCCAUUCACUGGGCCACUGCAUGCACCGCUCUCAGGAGCCUUCCACGGCAACGGAGGAGAGAGUGGAUGCAGGCAAUGAGUGAUGGAUCAGUGAGAACACACACACAUAUUGCCUCACCAACACACUGCCACAUAAGCUACAGUACUGUCACAAAAUGUAGACACAAACAUCUAGGCUACACCAACACACUGCUACAUACAUACUGUACAUACACACAAUCCCUCACAAACUGCCACACAGAACCACUGUCACAUGCACACACACACACACACACACACACACACGUCUGGAAUUGGAACUCAACCCAUGCAGCACAUUCUAAUGCCAAGGAUAUAAGAAGACCAGAAUCUCCUAGGAUUCCUCUUUGAGCACCAGAACCACCUACCAGCAGGACAACAACCUCACACACAACACACAUACUGGAACAGUAAUGACACACUACUUCCUAUAUACUGCAGUAUUUAGGGAAUAGGGUGCUAUUUUGCACACAAACGGUUUGUGGAAACGACCACCUAGGAAUUCAGACAGUCCUAUUUUUGGAAUUGCAUAGGGAAAACACACUGGGCUACUAGAUUUCUACAAAGUGGAUCUUCCCAACCGACAGGGAUAUGAGGUGGUUUGUUAGCUGCUCCCAUUCCAAAUACCAAUCCUAUUCCCAGUCCAAUUCCCUAGCCAGCACCAGUCCCUUCCCAACCCAGCAUCUGGAGAGCUCUGUCCAAGCCUCCUCCCUAACACCAAGCAGAGGAUUCUACUGGUGUGGACCGCCUCUUGCCAUUAUCAACCAACAACCAUAAAAAAAACAUCUCAUCAAUGUAUGUUUAUUUUUUUAUGUCAACUACCUCCCUGUUGUUUUUCUGAAAGACUUUCAACCAAUGAAGGGGUAGGACAUUUACGUCCUUAUGUUACGUAUGAUAUGAUGAUUCUGUUUUCUAAAGGUUGUUUGAAUGUUUGUAAUCUGCCUGUUGUUGGCACACAUUGAUAGGAUGCAGGUUAAGACUCUGAGACCCUAUGAGUUUUGUCUCGUGUGUGUACUAUACUGUAGGAUGUAGGUGUAUAAGAGGAUCCCAGCUGUAAAGAUAACUCCCUGCCAGGAAAAAACAAACUUGUCCCAUUUCGAGAGACAAUGCAUUCCUUUGUUACGUUACAAUUCCAAUUACACUCUGGCUAAUCUGUUAACGUGUGAGUGUGUGUGCGUGCGUGCACUGUGUUUGUGAGUGACAGAAUGCUCAUUCUAGAAUGCCUUUGCAGCAUUCCCAUAUAGUGAAGGCAGUUGUUGUUGCACAGUGUUUCUGCUUCAUCCUCAGCCAUCGACUGUCUGUGUUCCUGACCUCUCGUCUCCUGCUUUAAAUGUAACAGGACACAAUGUCCUCUACAGAAGGUUAGCUCCUUCCUUUUCUCAUGUCACCACUGAAGUCUUGAGAUAUUGUUCAGUACCAGUCAAAGGUUUGGACAUGCUACUCUUUCAAGGGUUUUUCUUUAUUUUCACUAUUUUCUACAUUGUAGAGUAAUAGUGAAGACAUCAAAAGUAUGCAAUAACACAAAUG